AUGACUGUUCUCCUACGAACAGCAGUUCUGGUUUGGCUGAACACAUGUGUUGUGUUUUUCAUCGUCAGCGCUGAUGAUCCCCCGGAACCACCCAGCACGGCGCACAUACAAACACCAUUACCGUCGGUCUGCGAAAGUGAUGAUCCACUCGGGAUGAUUUCGGGCAGUAUAGCAGACUGGCAAAUCACUGCCUCGUCCACAUAUCCAUCCACGUGGGCAAAGGGAUGUUCCGAAGCGAAUGCACGACUGUUUCGCGAAAACGGAAUGGCAUGGUGCGCUAAAUUCAAAUCGUCCUCCGAGUGGUUACAAAUUGACUUGGGGGUUCGUGCUCUGGUCACCGGAAUUAUGACUCAAGGCCGUGGAGACGGAUCCGAAUGGGUAACGUCGUUCAUGGUGUCCUACAGUGAUGAUGCGAUCCACUGGAAAUUCAUCACAGACCAGUACGCGAAUCAGAAGAUUUUUGAAGGAAAUACGGAUUCGUUUACCGUCAAACAUAACUACUUGGAUGAACCAAUCAAGGCACGUUUUGUGAAAAUCCAUACUUACACAUGGCACAAUCAUCCAAGUCUCCGGGUGGAACUGGUUGGAUGUCAACCUUGUAAACAACUGUUGGGAAUUCCACCGUACGCGCGAUUUGCCGCAUCCAGCUCACGGGGCAAGCGCGCCCAACGUUCUUGCAUGCCGGAAUACGGGCACUAUUUGAGCAACAAAGGCUGGUGUCCAAAACGUCAAGAUAGUGAGUUUCCAUUGAUACAGAAGAAUUAA